AAAUAUCUAUUUUCCUAAAAGGAAAUAGGGACAAAAUAGAAAAAAGAAAAGAGCUCUAUUUUAGAAAUGAAACUUGAUUACCUACCACCCCUUUUCUGCUUAAGGAAAGCUUCAAAAGGCAAAGUCCAGAUAAGUGUAGGACAACUUAGUCUUUAUUCCCUAGAAUUUGUCUUGUUUAGUUUAAUUUUCACUUACUUUUUGCAAUAAUAUUUCUUGUACUCCAUUUUUUAAAAUUAUUUCCUUAUAAUUUUGUUCCACUAAAAACAAACUUCAAGAAUAUGUUACAGCUAAACCAUACAAACUAGUAAGCAUAAAAAAAGAGUGAAGCAUAUAGAGAUUUUGUUCCAUAUAAUCAUUACUAUCUUUUUUAAAGUUGAGUAGUUAAACUAGAAAAAGGAUGUGGAAUUGCAUUAAAGUUUUUAAUAAAAGGAGAUAUGGGAUAGCCUUUUAUUAAAAUAAGAUAAAUAUAUUUAUUAAACAAAAAAAGUAGAGGGAAUUAAGAGCAGCUAAGCUGGAUUUGAUUUGUUAUUUUCUGAGGUUUGCUUCAAAAGAAGGGAAGUCCAUCCUUUCAAUUCCACUCAAUUUCUUUAUAAGUAAUGGACUCUUUAAAUAGCUACAAUUACAAAGUCUAUGAUUCACUACUUAAUUAUUAUCAUAGUCAUUUGCCUUCUUUCUUAGUAUAUUCAGUUUUCAAUAGUUGCACUAUAGUUAGAAGUUAUAGCAACAGAAAACAAAAAGAAAGAAAUGUCAGGAAUAUAUGAACUUGGGAUUGAAGAAUUUUUUCUUGCUCAUCCUGAUCCUGUUAUCUUGGAACUCAAUAAUUUGCAGAACCAACUCAAAGAGAAAGAUCGCGAACUGGUAGCAUCGCAAAGUGAAAUUAAGGCUCUGAAAGCAACAGAAGUGCUCAAAGACAAGGCUGUUGAAGAGCUCCGAAAUGAAUUUCAGAGAUUGGAGGGAAAGCUGAAAAUCAGCGAAACGCUUCUUGACCAAAAGAAUCUUGAUAUCAAACGACUCGCUAAUGAGAAAAAAGAGGCACUGGCUGCACAAUAUGCUGCUGAAGCAACUCUUAGAAGAGUAUAUGCAGAUCAGAAGGAUGACGAUUCUCCUCCUCUCGAGUCCAUUAUUGCUCCUCUCGAGGCAGAGAUUAAGAUGUAUAAGAAUGAGAUUGCAGCAUUACAGGAGGAUAAAAGGGCUUUGGAUCGACACACUAAGUCAAAAGAAGAAGCUUUGCUUGAAGCAGAAAUGAUACUAAAAAGUGCUUUAGAAAGGGCAUUAAUAGUAGAGGAGAUUCAAAACCAGAACUUUGAACUUAGAAGACAGAUUGAAAUCUUCCAGGAGGAAACCAAAAUACUUGACAAGACGAAUCGUCAAAAGAUUCUUGAGGUGGAAAAGCUCAGCCAAACCAUUAUAGAACUCGAGGAGGCAAUUCUUGCUGGAGGAGCAGCAGCUAAUAGACUUCGUGACUACAAACGACAAAUUUCUGAAUUUCAAGAGGAGAAGAGGACAUUGGAAAGGGAACUAGCAAGAGUUAAGGUUUCAGCAAACCGAGUAGCAACUGUCGUGGCAAACGAGUGGAAAGAUGAGAAUGACAAAGUUAUGCCUGUAAAACAAUGGCUAGAAGAGAGAAGGCUGUUGCAGGCUGAGAUGCAACGACUGAAAGACAAAUUAACCAUAUCAAAGAGAACAGCCAAGGCAGAAGCACAACUAAAGGAUAAGCUGAAACUGAGGCUCAAGACACUCGAAGAAGGCUUGAAACAAGCGCUCAACGUCUCUGUCAAUCCCAAUAGAAACCAUGGAUCCACAAAAAUUCAAAAGACCAAACACUUUUUUGGUGUUCUGUCAAGCAAUACCGGAAUAAAGAAGAGAUCUACAUCACAACCAAGGGUAUCCACCAUUAGCCGAAACACUAAGCAGGAAAACACGGAUCAAAGAAGCGAUGAUGCUUCUGGAAAAAUGAAGCAAGUCAUUAGUCUGAAAAAGAAGACCUUAUGGGAUUCUCGAGAUAAGAACGUUGACAAUGUUGGAAAAGAAAAUGCAGAAAUGAACAGCAAAGAAAUCACACAUGCACAGAAAAUCAAGAAUCCAGGAGAUGACAAAGAAGAAAACAAGACUGGUCGAAGCAUGGAGAGCGAUAACGAUGAUAUAGUAUCAGGUUUUUUGUAUGACCGGCUACAGAAAGAAGUUAUCUGUUUAAGGAAAUUUUGUGAGACAAAAGAGUCUGCUUUGAAUACUAAAGAUGAAGAAAUUAAGAUGCUAACUAAGAAGAUCGAGACGCUGUCAAAAGCCAUAGAAGUCGAAGCAAGAAAACGAAAAGUUAAGCAACAAGGUCAGUGAGAACAUCUUGAAGAUUAAUGUAAAAAAGCAGAAAAAGUGAUCUUGGUUCAUCAGUGUUGACUCUUGCAUUUAUUGUAUAUACAAAGAGGUGAAUAGUAAUCACAGGAAUAAAGAUCCAAAAUUCAUUUGUAAUUUGUAAAGUGAGUGACUAACUCUGUCACAACUGGAUGGUAAUUCUUUUGUUUUAGUUUCUUAAUUUUCCCCCAUUGCCCAGGUCCUUGUACAGUUAUUUUCAGCUUUAGAUUCAGAUGAGUAAGAAUAAUUGAAAGUUUGAUCCUUUUUGUUAAUA